UCCCCAUUUCUCUAAUUGGGAUGUUUUGCAUGCAAGAUGAGCUUGGUAAACACAUUCCAUGUGCAGAGGGUGCCGGUGGGCCCGGGGCUGUGUGGGACAGUAUAAAAGGCAGAGCAAGUGCAGGAGCCCUCAUCCACUUCUCCUGCCUUCUCCUGCUUGGUGAAACAGGCUCUCCUCCAGCCACAGCCAUGUCCUGCUACGACCUGUGCCGGCCCUGCGGCCCCACCCCGCUGGCCAACAGCUGCAACGAGCCCUGCGUCCGGCAGUGCCAGGACUCCCGUGUGGUCAUCCAGCCCUCGCCCGUGGUGGUCACCCUGCCCGGGCCCAUCCUCAGCUCCUUCCCCCAGAACACCGCCGUGGGAUCCUCCACCUCCGCUGCUGUGGGCAGCAUCCUGAGCGAGGAGGGAGUGCCCAUCAACUCAGGGGGCGUUGGGCUCUCUGGGCUCUCUGGCCUUGGUGGCCGCUACUGUGGCCGGAGGUGCCUGCCCUGCUAGAGCCGGGCCGGAGGUCCAGCGAGUGCCUCCCCCAGGAAGCCCCAAGCCAAGUUUCCCAUGGAGCUGCUGGCCAGCGUUUCCUGAGGCCUUGGGGCCCCUCGAGCCCUCCUGGCAAGGAGGGAGGGAAGGGAGGUGCUGUCUGGACUCGUGGCCAGCCUGUCUCAGCCUUGAAAAUCCUGCUUUUGAAGAGUUUCCUUGUCUCUGUGAUUUUGCAUUUCACCCUGACGUGGUUUAAUGCUGUAAUUGCCAACACUGAGUGGAGGGGUUUUACUCAGGAAUUAAGGAAAGGUGGAGUCUUGCUUGCUGUCUCUCAGCUGGAACGGUUUCAGUGGCUUCUUUUCCCUUCAUAAAUAUAUAUUUUCCUUUUGUUUUUGCUGAAUGCUACUUGACUUUUUAUCAUUAAACUGAUGUUGCAUCUGA